CUUAAUUAAGAAUACAAGAAGCUUUCUCCCUAUAUAUUGGUGUCCAAAUCCCCACCUAAUUUUACAACAUAAUUCAACUAUCACACUUAACAAAGUUGUUGCCAAAAUAUAGUGUCCAUGGCUACCAGGGAAGACCCCGUACCGGAGCCGAAAAAGGCGGCACCGCCACCAGAAGCCCCGGUACUUGAGCCGGAAAAGGCGGUUCCGCCACCUGAAGCUUUGGCUGCGGAGCCAGAAAAGGAGGCUCCGCCACCGGAGACUAAAGCGGCGGAGCAUGCCCCUCCUCCUGACUACCUCGUGGUGGCCGAUGUGGUUCUGAGGGUGGUGUUGUUUGCCGCGGCGGUGACAAGCGUGGUGGUGAUGGUCACCAGUAAUCAGACAGAGUUGGUGACCCUGCCGUUGCCUCCGUUCUUGAGGGUGCCCCGUCCGGCGAAAUUCUCUCAUUCACCGGCCUUCAUAUACUUUGUUGUUGCACUCUCUGUCGCCGGCCUUUACAGCAUUAUCACUGCAGCAGUCUCCUUUUUAGCACUCUUGAAGUCAGGUCGCCCAGCAAAGCUGUUGGCGCAUUUUGUGAUAUUUGACGUGCUCAUUUUGGGCAUUGUAGCCUCGGCAACUGGAGCUGCAGGAGGAGUGGCUUACAUUGGACUAAAAGGGAAUUCCCACGUCGGGUGGAACAAGGUCUGCAACGUCUACGACAAAUUCUGUCAACAAAUCGGAGCCUCGGUUGCAAUCUCUCUUGUCGCCUCCAUUGUGCUCGUGCUGCUUGUCAUACUGUCUGCUUACUCUCUCUCCAAAAAGAUUCCCCAGUAGAACCUACUUUGUGAUCCCUAGGUUGUUUCGCUUGUGAGUUGUGUGUAUAGUUAUUGGUUGAUUGUGCAGUGCUGUAUAGUUAUUGCUUGAUUGUGCGGUGCGUGGAGUUGAUUUUUUAUUUGUACUCAAGUGAUGUUUCAAUUCUCUGUUACGUAAUUGGACUGGUAUAUAUAUUGGAUGCAUUUGUUUGGGUUCAA